AUGAAAGCAGAGGACAAGCGCGAGUCUUUAGAAAAGAUGAAUUUGAAAAACGAGAUGAAAACGCUGAAGAAAGCUUUGUCGAUCGACGAAGAGGACGAGAAGAGCAAGGAAUCCGCCGACGAAGAGGAGCGCAAGGAAACGCGAACGAGUAGUGAGAAGAAGGAGCAAGACUCGUCUAGCGACAGCACAUCCACCAGCAUCUCUGAUGACGAGUCCGAGACAAGUUCGGAAGACAAGACGGAGCCAUCGAAGCCGGGAACGGCCAACGCGACGCAAGCGGAAACGAUGAAGGAGGAAUUGAAGGAAAACGCGCCCAAGAACGAGGACACCACGGAUGAUAGUGACAUCGAAGAUGAUCUGUUUUUUUCAUCAUUAUUUUCUGUCGCAUGUUAA